GACUGGGUGCCAGGCGGCUUCAGGGCCAGGGUAGGAUUCCGUCCCUGGGGCAGGGCUCUCCCCUCCCCGCAGCAAGGGUGUGUGGGGGGAGAGCUGUGCGGUGAGGGGCUUGUCUCUGCAGGAGGGGAGGCGGUGAAACGUGGGAAGUCUUUCAUGUUUUUGGAGCAAAGGUUUGGCUGCGGGGAUCUUAGACCCCCUCAUGCCUCGAGGAGAGCCUCUGUGCUUCGCUUUUAAUGAGUUAGAAGUUGAUUUGCCUUCCCAGUCUCGUCAGCCAAGCCUAAGCAGGCUCCAGGGAGAAUUUCUGAGUUUUUCUCUGGUCGUGGGAAAAUGAAAAGCUGUGAAAUGUGGCUUUGGGGGGUAGUGUGGGAACACAAAGGCUUAUUUUUAUGCCUUCCUCUUCCCCUCCGGUUCAAAUCAGGUGAUAAUGUUUACUGAGCCAGAGCUGAAAGUCAGGUAGAAGACGCGGCGUGGUGCGUGCCAGGAUUGGGAACGGCGCCGUAACUCGGCGAGGAGAAGCUGCAGCUUUCCCGUGGCUGUCUCACGUACAGCUACGAGCCAGCUUUGGGUUUUACCUCUCUUCUUUUUUGAUUGCUUCAAGUUUCCACCUUAGUCUUUUCCUGGAGAAUUUUCCAAAGCUUUUAGCCUUCUUAUCUCCCGCUGGGACCGAUGAAGAGAGCUGCCCUCCUGCCAAAGUCUCUGGGUAUCCAUAUUUGUUUAUGGGUUUGUUCCCCGAUGAACAGUGACAUCUUCCUGUUGAUCUUGUUUUGCAGCAGAAAUUUCGGUGAUGUUAUUUGGCAAAAUCUCUCGUUAGGUUGCAUAAUAGUCCCAUUUUCUCCCUCUGAUGUUCCCUGUCAUCCUUGGCUUUGGAGGCUUGAAAGGUAGGCAGUGCUGUGAGGAGAAUUUAAAAAAAAAAAAAGGAAGAAGCGUCUAGACCUUUGAAGGUGGCAACGCUGUGACAGUGUUAUAUUCAGCCGUACCUUCUGGCUGAUAAAACAUUACACGGAUAGCCAAGCUGUCUGGCUGCUUUGCAUCGCACCAGAUAGGAACAUAAGUAAGCAAUGCAAGCGCAGAACAUCAGACUUUGCAGAGUCCUAGCUCUGCGUCGUAGGGUUAUGUUAUCGACAGGAGCGAUACGCUAUUUAUAACCUCGGCUGCUGCUUAUCAGUGUGUAUGGGUUGUCUUUCCUCGCAACGUCCAACCGCCUCAGUCCCUUUUUAUUUUGAUAGUUUUAGGAUCUCUAAUCAAGCUGUGGCUCGUGGAUCUGUUUCUGUUUAGCCUUGCUGUAAUCUCUUCUGAAGUAUUAGUCGCUGCGCGCAGUCCCUGGGGGAGAGAGAGGAGUGAGAAAUCGGAGAGAGGUCAGCAAACCUGAGAAUGCCGGAGGAUGUGGGAGAGAGCUGUAACUUGGCCUGAAGUAUUUACUUCUAAGUGAUGAUGAUGGGAGGGGGGUGGGAUAUAGAUCCACUGCUCCCUGGGGCUGUAAGUACCCAGCAGGAAGGAGAAGGUCUUUGAAACAAUGGGAUCAUUUAGGGGAGGGAACGCGCUUCCUGGAGCCAGGAGCCCCCCUUUUCUGUCUGGGGUGCUUAAAUCUGGUGUGCCGUGAAAAGCCAGAGCGGAUGGGAAGAUGGGCAGGGUGACCUUAUUUUCAGUUGUUGAAGUGGAAAGCCUGGUUUUAUCUCAAGGCAGUUUCUCCCAGAUCUGACCUCUUUGCUUGGAUACACAACUGGGUUUGUUCUGGGAGACUGGGGCUUGCCCUUCCCCAGCCAGGGACGCGUGUAGUGCAGGCCUUCGAAGUCUUGCACUCUCCGAAACCGCAGCCACUCACAGUAAAAUCCCGGUGCCUGACUGCCCCACAGACGAGCUGACUCUAGACCUGCUUGUCAGGAGAGCACAGCUUUGGGUAUUCCCUGCGUGUUUUUCUUUUGCUCAUGGCUCUUUAGCAUCGUUCCUGGUCUUUGCCUGGCUUUGGCUCACCUGCUUUCACCUCUUGGCUGCGUAUAACACCUUAACUGUGCCUGUCUGUCCCGUGCUAUGCAGCUGGUUGUACAGCCCCUCCAGCAGUCUCCUGGCAGCACGUUGCACGCUCUCGGUGUGAUUGGGGGGCAAAUAUCUCAGCCUGACGGUUUGCUUGUUGCCUCGGUAGAUGGCUCUUCCCGAUCAUUGGCCACAUGGGUAUCUGCACCUCGACUGGAGUCAUUCGGGACUUCGCGGGGCCAUACUUUGUAUCAGUACUGGAAACUGGAUCCCAGCAAAGUAUACUCCACCGGUCCCAAUGCUUGGGACACAGCUGUACACGAUGCCUCGGAGGAGUACAAGCACCGAAUGCACAACCUUUGCUGUGAUAACUGCCAUUCUCAUGUGGCUCUGGCCUUAAACUUGAUGAGAUACGAUAACAGCACCUCCUGGAACAUGGUGAAACUCUGCUUCUUCUCACUCCUAUAUGGGAAGUAUGUAAGCAUAGGGGGAUUUGUGAAGACUUGGCUUCCCUUUGUCCUCUUCUUGGGAGUGAUCGUGACCAUCGUUCUGACGCUUCAUUUGCGGUGAUGACAGCUGUGAACUCCCCAUUCCAUGGGCACACGAAGGAAGAAACUGUGACUGAUCCAGCGAGAUGGAGGCGUGGGACUCUGGGAGGCGUUUUCUGAGGAAGGUGGCAACUCCACUGCAUUGUAACAGCUCAUCUUUGUUUCCUGGAACUGGCUUCUUUUCCUUCUGUUUUUGUUCUGUCGUUGGUGUCUCCCAGUGUCUGGGGUCCUGAAGCCUCCUGCUCUCUCCUUGAACACACUCCCUUUCUGCAAUUUGGUAGGUAGAAACGCAAUCAGGAGAGGAGAGGCGUGGGCACCUUCGUUUUCAGUGCCAAGUAAAAAGCCGCAAGGCAAACCCUGCCUCCUGGUUGAGGAGCACAAGCAGAUCCACCUUUUAAGGUUCUCUCUGAUCACUGGGUUUCUUCCUCUUGGCAGACCUCAUCAGAUGCUUCCUCAGAUUUCCUGAGUCUCCGAGAAGGAGUUGUUAUUUCCCUGUUGCACAACUCUCCCGUAGCACAUGUUUCCAAGUGGAGGUGUGGGGUUCCUCCUGGGGAUGUGGGGUGCCGCAGCACCCGCUGACCGUCUCCCCAGUAGCGACAGAAAGGUGGGACGCUCCUCUGAGGAGGUGCGCAGAGGAACGCUCUGUGGCAGGGCAAAUACAUCUGGUCCUGCUGGUGAGCCCAGAAAGGCAGGAAAGUCGAUCGACUGGCUUGGGCAUGGCUUGUGGCAGUCUGCACGCUUUCAGUAGCCUCUUGCAGAGUUGGCAACCUACUGCUAAGUCCCUUUUAGCUGGUGCCAGAGAAAAUAGAGCUUCCCUGCUUCUCCUCGUGCUCUGAACAUCUAAAAUUGUCGUUGCACUUCUCAUGAGCCACUUUCUCAUGAGCCGCUUGCUUUCCUUUGAUCCCUAGUGCUUCAUGCGUCGCAGGGUACCUGAGCCUGCAGAGGGGGCAGCAGCACGUGUAUGUUUCUGGGACAGGAGGCUGAGCGUAGGGUUUUGAAAGCAUCCAGGAGAUCAGCACCUGAGGCCUGAGCUUAGUGGGGGCCAUCAGAGAUUAAAAGAAAAGGUGGAGGGACUGGAAAGCAUCCAUGUUCUGGUUGGGCUUUGCAGCAGCAAACUGGGGCACUGGCUGGUUCCAGGAUGGUGACCAAAGUCUAUUUACUUCCUUGGCAUGCUUUGAAGAGCGCACCUGGAGCACAAGCAGGACUGCUGUUGAUGUGAGCAAUGCUGCUCUGGCAGCACUGCGGGCUGGUGGCCCUUUUGAGCCCCGGGUCAGGCAGGAUGGGUAGUAAGGGGGUAGGUUGUUCUUGAGUACUAGGCAAGAAGUGAAUUUGGACACGACCCAGAGCCUCUCCCAGGGUGAGAGGUCCAGGUCGGUGUUUGCUGAGGCUCUGGCCUGCAGAUGCUGCUUUCGGUGGGGCUCUGAGCCAAGUGGCUUUUUAGAAAAAAGUGCAGCUGAGGGUUAUAUGCAGCUGAGCAGGGUUAUGUGCAGCUGAACAGAUCUCCUCUGACUGCAGAGGAAGGAGAAUAGCUUUUCCACUCAUGCCUCGAAAGGCCAGCUCUUUACUCUGCUACCUGAUGGAUUUCAACCGCAAGGAGUGCUCGUGGCCAGCAUGAAAGCUCUCCUCCACUGCCUGCUGUCCCUGUGGCUUCCCCUGACUGGCAAGCCCCUUCACCAUUGCCCUGCUGGCUCUCAGACCUGUCCCCGUGUGCUUUUCCCUCUGCUUCCAUCUCCCCAACUCCUAGCCAUAUGUGAGGGUUGGGGGGCUCCUCUUGGGCUUCUCAGUUUCUGCAUUUCCUUCCUUUUCCUCGGUUGCUUUUAAAUAGCCCCUUAAACAGCUCCCAUCUCCCUAGCAUCCAAUUGUCUCUGUCAUCUGGUGCUGGCUUUUCUGGGGUGGGUGGAGGAGGUGUGCAGACCUCGGCGCCCUUCCCCGCCUACCUGGAACUGCAAUAGUCGUCGGUGUCUGCUCUGUACAGUCAUUUCCAGCCUGCGUGGAGAGCGGGCCGGAGGGUGCUGGGCCUGGGGCUGAUUAGAAAGCCAAGAUCUUGAUCAAAGAGAACCUUACAAUGAAAGGAUGGUGUCUUACUGGGCUACCCUGUGUCACUGUGGUUGCCACCCAGUGAGCCUGCUGGCUGAUGUGCCCUCAGACGAGCCAGUUCAACGGGCGAGAUUAGUCCUUUGCCUCUGUUUUUAAUUUAAGUAUGAUUUAUCAGAGUGACCUGCCAAGGAUGCGCUUGGAGUCCCUGGCUCCGGGGCUGAAGCCAACCUGUCUUAUGCAGUAGCAAUAACCUAGAGACUCUUAGGCCUGUCUCACAUGUUGAUUCAGUGUUUUAUUGAUAAGCUAUACAAGCAUUGCCAAAGCUGAGACUUCGAGUUGUCAGGGGAGGCCGGGAGCGGGGCUGCUGGCCACGGUCGCCACUCCUGGGACUUCUGAAAACAAGUUGAGUGCCGUUCCCCACCGUGAAAAUCCUUGUCGUUUUGCUCCUAACGCUUUUUACCAGAUCUGGGUUUCGAAUGAAGACUUGCAGAGCAGCAGCAAAUGAGCCUCGGGGCCGGUUGGAGUGCUGGCUGCUGGGGAGGCGAGGCAGCCCUUCCCCCAAGUCCUGGCUGAACAGCCCACCCGUUUCCACUGACGGAGUUGGAGGAUGGCUCUGGGCAUCCAAAGGAAACGCGGAGAGCGAGGCCCAAAGCUGAGGUACCACAGAGCCAGCCCAUGCCUCUGUGCUGGACGUGCAGAGCUGCACUUGCACAGUGAAGGAUGGUGCCCACAGAGGUCGGAUGCUGGGAGAGGCGGGUGGGCUGGUCGGAUUUACUGUUUUCCUAUGCUGUGGAAGUGUCAGCCCAGCACUGCAGGAGCAUGGAGAAACCCUGGUGGUGCUCGGCGUGGCUUCCCGGCAGCGCUGCAGCCAGCGCCUGGGGUUGGGUGGGGAGUGGGCUGCUUGCUUCUUGGCCUGGGAGGUGGCAGAAGGAGGGGGUGGGUAAGGAAAGUCCUCUCCUUGCAGCGUCCUCCAUCUCGCUACCAGCUUCUUCCCAGUGUCCCCUCUGACCAGCUGCGUUAAAGGUUCACCCUGCCCUUCGCCUUCCAGACGCCAGUUUUAUGCUCCUCUCCUCCCCCCUUUGCACGUGCUUGUGCUGCAGAGCUCCGUGGCGUUGCCGUUGCUCUUCGGCGAGGGCGAGCCCUCCGUACCCUCAUCCUUUGUUCUCUUGAUCUCUGUGGGGCGCUGGAUUACUUUGUAAAUAUUUAAACUCUGCUUCUGUGGUUUCAUAAUCCUGACGGUAGGGGAAAUAAACUUAUUUCUGUGGAUGU